UUUUCUCCUGCCUCAUAGCUCACACUGCAAACCAUGUCGGCUUAUUCUGCGGAGGCACACAGUACGAACACAUGCAAAAUCAGGCUCCCAAUUGGAACCCCUUUUUUCCUGCUAUUACGCCUUUUAUCUCUCUUUAUCUACUUCGCCUGCUUCGUCUUCUUGGUUCCCACCGUUACUGGUUGCUCCAAUGGCGGGUGUCAGAUUCUAGAAUCGUGUUCAGCUGCUACAGAUUGUGGGCUUGGGCUCUACUGUGGAAAUUGCCCUGCGCUUGGGAAAAAUCAACCUUUCUGCGUCAGGGGCCAAGCCACAAUUCCAACUGCCAUUAUUAGUGGGCUUCCCUUUAACAAGUACUCAUGGCUGGUGACUCAUAAUGCGUUCUCAAUUGUGGAUGCACCAUCCUUGACCGGUGCUCAGAGAAUCACUUUCUACAAUCAAGAAGACAGUGUUACUAAUCAGUUGAGGAAUGGAGUUAGAGGGUUGAUGCUGGAUAUGUAUGAUUUCGAGAAUGAUAUCUGGCUCUGUCAUUCAUUUCGCGGCCAGUGCUACAACUUCACAGCCUUUGGACCUGCACUUAAUACAUUGAGAGAAGUGGAAGCAUUCUUGUCCCAGAACCCAUGGGACAUUGUUACUAUAAUAAUCGAGGAUUAUGUGCACUCGCCGAAAGGGCUGACAAGGGUUUUUUCUGAUGCUGGUUUGUACAAGUAUUGGUACCCAGUUUCGAAAAUGCCAAAGAAGGGUGAGGAUUGGCCCACGGUUAACACCAUGGUUCAAAACAAUCAUCGCCUACUGGUUUUCACGUCAGAUUCUUCAAAAGAGGCGAGUGAAGGAAUUGCGUACCAAUGGAGGUACAUGGUGGAAAAUGAGCCGGGAGACCCUGGGGUACAACCUAAGUCGUGUCCAAACAGAAGGGAGUCAAAGCAGCUCAAUUCAAGAAGUGCUUCUCUAUUUCUGAUGAACUAUUUCCCAACAAUUCCUGUUCAGAACGACGCCUGCAAAGAGCAUUCGGUACCACUUGCUGAUAUGGUCGCAACAUGUUAUAAAUCUGCUGGGAGUUCAAUGCCCAAUUUCUUGGCUGUGAAUUUUUACAUGAGGAGUGAUGGAGGGGGUGUAUUUGAGGCUUUGGAUCAAAUGAAUGGACAGACAUUAUGUGGGUGUAGUACUGUCGCUGCUUGCCAGGCUGGAGCGCGUUUCGGAAGUUGCAAAGCUAUUGCUCCAUCUAACACUACUCCACCGAGCACCACCACAGCCGGAAGCUUCUCAGGGUCUGUUCAACUAACAGGAGAUGCUUCACCAAUGAAUAGGCCUCGUGUAUUAUUAGUUACAUGCCUAUUGCCAUUUUUCCUCGUGAUCUUAUUCUUGUUGUAAUGAGAAUUGAAAUAUGGAGAAAUAUCGAGUCCGGUCGACAAUGAGUUAAAUGAGUUGAACCUGGGAUCUCAUUCUAAAAAUAUUGUAGUCUUUGUAAAAGUUUUUGAUAUAGAAUAUAGGUUAUUUGGAUUUGAUUUAGUCUUAAAGCAGACACUCAGACAAAUUUAUGGACCACUUCUGAAUAGAGCAGAAUGAGAAGAAAGAGUUUGAGCAAAGAUUUGUUGUGUGAUCCAGAUUUGGUUUUCCAGGUUUUAAGGUUGUAAGAGUUUUUUUGGAAGAACUACCGACAGGUAAUUUUUUAAGGCAUAAAAGAAUGUUAUGUUCCUUGUAUUUCUGAAGCUAUAUUCCCACGUGUAUACAUCGAUGUAUUUGUGGCAUUUGCUUUAGGUUGAGUUGUUCUCUCUUUUGAAUUAAGUUAACUGAUUGCUCUGUGUGAAUCAAAAUGGUUGUUAUUGAGGGCAUUAUUGACAAUUAGGAAGCAUUUCAUCACUGUGUCAUUUUUCCACGUCUCUCUUCGCGGUUUUGUUUUUCCAUGUAAUGGUGCCCUUGGAGCAUGAGUAUGCAACUGCAAUUGGACAAUGAUUGGCCUUUGUUUCUUUAGAUGUUAUAGUGAAU